GGCUUCCAAGCAGAGCAGAGCAGCGUUGAUAUAUUGUCUGUCUCGUCAUCCUCCGGAAGAGGCCAAACUCUCUUAAAUUUCUUCCCCUGUGCGCCAUUUGUUGCCGGCAUGAUUGAACAACAGGAGAGGUUUAGUUGACCUGUUACAAUAUUGCUGCUGAGAAGUGAGAAGGCGAGAAGCGUCACACGGUAUCUGAUCUCUCUCGUAAUAAUCUUGUCAUUAUGCAUGGAAACUCCUUGCAGCUCUCAUCAAGCGAUAAGGAUGUCAGCGAUGCAACUGGGUGAUAUUUUCGGAUCAAUCGAUCUCAGCCCGCCUGGUGUGUGCAAUCAGCAGAUCGACACCUCCCGUCCCACCUUUUCUUUUUCGAGUAUACCUUAGGUUUGGCCCUUUGCGAUUGCAAAAGGCCAUAUUAGUGUGAGUAGAUCACUGCAUGCAUGCAUGCAGCUGAUCCAAGCCAAGGGAAAAACGUCGAUAUCUUCGUCUUCCUAACCAUCAGCUGGUCUGUAGUUGCUUUCGAUAUGUAUUCGUGGUCCACGGAUGCCACCUGUCAAAACUAUAUAUUCGUAUGUUGUUUUUCUAUUGGCCACACUGUCAAAUGAAUCAGUGAGCGUUGUCUGUGGUAAACAGGCUGAUUUUAUGAUAUGUCUGUACUCCCUACAUUCCAUAUUAUAAUGAGUAUUAAGUUUCGCUGAGACAAACUCCAUCAAUAUGUGGCUAACGAGACACUGUGAAAUCACAAUUAUUUAGCAAGUAUAUUUUCUACUUAUAAAGAUUUGAAAUGAUGGUCGACUAGUCGUUCGUUUACGUUACUAAGACUACUCCCUACCUAGCUUGUUAGACAAUCACUUGAUUGCCACACAUUUAGUAUGGUCCAAACAGCACUGUCACAGACGCUGGAGAGGAGUGGAGACAUCGUUGCAUGGAAAUAGGUCCCUCGCGUCAUUCCUCUAUCAAGUGGUGUCUUCAACUUCGACAUGGAGCCUGUGAGAUUUUGUUCUUUUACCAAAUAUCAUGGAUUUAGUGCACUGGAACAAAUGGCACAAAAUACUAUGCCUUCCAAGUUUGUGGCGCAACCCCAGCCUACGUGUGAUUCAGUGAAGUUUUUUACAUUGUGCUGUUGACUUGAGUUUAUAAAUGCGACAUAAUUCUAGUGUGUGUACGCUUACUAACAAAAGAACAACACAACUUUUUUUUAUCUGCAGAACAACGCAACUAAAUUUCUUUACCCCUAUUGUAUUUGUAUGUGCGCAUUACCUAACCUAACGAAUCAUGCUCCCUAACUCCGAGCAUCAUUCAGAUCCAAAACCUAGCAGUAUCCUCCAAUAGAUAAUACACUGUAAAUCCAAUCUGAUCCAUCACAAACCGAAAAUUUAGCACUCCGCUACGCAACAAUAUACACUUCAAUUUUAUAAUCCGGGACUAACGACCUAAAAGGCGUGUUGUAUUUUAUACACGGCCAUUACCAGGUCAGCAUCCGGUUUCCCCUGGUUAUCGCCUCCGUUAAAUGCCCCAGUUCAGAAAUCUCCUCUCUUCUACUCCAAACCGAGAAAUAUUGGCGAAUUCCCUCAUGGGUGGUAUGAUUCCUCUCUCCAUUUGAGCACUUGGGGUCAGGUUCCGGGGGGGGGAGGAUCUGUUUUUCAGCUCGAUUUGACGCCGAGACUGGCCAAGAAUCUGCGGCUUCCGGCAGAUUUCUACACGAGGUUCUGAGCUUUCAGUCGAAUUGGUGUUUCGGGGUACAAGUCCAGAUUAUUUUGGCCCCGGAUGAAGCAUUCUUCGCUGCAAGUCCGUUGAUUCGAAGCGGAAUUGGCGGACCUCCAACCGUCACCGUCCGACAGAGAAGAAAGUUUGGCGUAGAUGGGAGCGGGGGCUUCGAGCAUGAUGGGGUCGGAGGGGUGGGGACAGACAUCGCUGGGCGACAUGCCGGAGAGCUGCGUGGCGCCAGUACUGCUGUACCUCGACCCGCCAGAGAUAUGCCUCGUCGCCCGCCUCAACCGGGCUUUCCGCGGCGCUGCCUCCGCCGACUGCGUUUGGGGCACCAAGCUUCCCGCCAACUACCGGUAUCUCGCUGCCCUCGCCGCGGCGGCUGACGACGACGACAGCGGCAGCACUGGCUCAACAGAGGGCAAUGGCAGAUGCUGCCCGUCUGGGGCGAUCAAGAAAGGGAUAUACGCACGCCUGUGCAGGCCAACCCCCUUCGACGGCGGCACCAAGGAAUUUUGGAUUGAGAAGAGCAAGGGUGGUCUUUGCAUGUCCAUCUCCUCGAAGGCUAUGGCGAUUACCGGUAUAGAUGAUCGGAGGUAUUGGAGCCACCUCUCCACAGAAGAGUCAAGAUUCCAUAGUGUUGCCUAUCUUCAGCAAAUAUGGUGGCUAGAGGUCGCUGGGGAGAUUGAUUUCUGCUUCCCUGCUGGUUCAUACAGUCUUCUCUUCCGGCUCCACUUGGGCAGGCCGCACAAGCGCAUGGGCCGUCGGGUCUAUGGCUCUGAGCUUGUCCACGGUUGGGACAUUAAACCGACACGGUUCCAACUGUCAACUUCAGAUGGUCAGCACACUACAUCUGAUUAUCAUCUAGAUGGACCAGGAAGCUGGAUCCUUUACCAUGUUGGUGAUUUUGUUAUAUCGAGUUCAGAUGAGUCGACCAAGCUCAAGUUCUCCAUGAUGCAGAUUGAUUGCACCCAUACAAAAGGUGGUCUAUGUGUCGAUUCUGUUUUUAUUUAUCCAAAGGAUUACAGACAAGAGGAGUGGAUAAUCUGCAAGUAGUUUUGCAAACCUGCUGUACCUCUUCUCGUAGCCAUUCUUGUCCAAAUCCCGGUGUGGAUAUUCUUUUUCUGAAAGUUUUGUAUGAACCUGGAGUCAUGUUCUGUAUUCUUUGUAGUGUUAGUUAAAAUAAGUUGGGAUCAGGAGGAUUUAGAUGUAGUCUGCAUGUGAAGAUGUUAGUCUAGUCCAGGUGGUCUGGGUGUCUCGGCGAGAAGAUCAAGCUCAAGCUGUUGUGAUGUAUUUAUGGUUGAAGUGGUUGGUUUGUCCAUAUGUAGAAAGAGCAGUUUCAUUUGUUCAUCAUUGUUGUAGAUCAGCUAUAGGUAAAUAAGCUUUUCCUUGGAUCCUGAGUAUACAUUUUUCUCUAGAAACCUGUGUUCACUUAUGGAGGCGGCUAGCCCCUGUAUGUUCGAUGGAAAGUUUUCUUUCA